AUGGCUCAAGAAUUCCCUAUCGUCUUCACCAUUGGAAACUCGUCGUCCAGGCACGAGGUCAUGCUCAUCAAUGCCGGACUCGGCAUCAAAAACCUAAGCGAUCGCAUUCAGGAGCUUGCGUCCUCGUCAGUCAACUGCGCCGAAGCCCUGGCGAAAUACAAGAAGCAGAGCGAAGCCGAGAAGGUGACCGAAAUCAAGGUCCGCUGGGCAGCCGAAGGAAGGGACAGCAAGCUCUUCCCUAAGACCACUGUUCUCACCGGUGAGAACUGCAAGGCCGUCCUUUCCCUCAUCAGCCUUCAUGGAGGAAAAGAUGUUCUGGAGGUUACUCUUCAAGCACCACCAUCAUCUGCUGAAGACUCGAAGGAUCCGAAGGAGUCAAAAGAGUAG